UAGCAUUCUUAAUGAAUCAAAAAAUGCAAUUUAGUGAAAAUUUUUAAUUAGCAUCUACAAAACACUUCUAUAGAAGCAAAGAAAUCAAACUAAAACAUUUUACCCCAAAAUUUGCUGGAAAAAAGAACAAAAAAAAAUUAAAAAAAUAAUAAAAAUGAGUCUUCAAAGUGAACCAAAAUCAUUUAAAAUGAUAAUUUUUGCAAUACUUCUUCAAAUUUGUUCCGUAAUAUCGUUAGAUGGAGUGCAUUUACACUUUAAUAAGCGAGAAGCUGACUAUACGUUAGAUGAUUCAUUUUGGAAUGAAGAAAGUCCAGUUGGAAACCUAUCAAAUCUAACAGGCGAUUAUUUAGGGGAAGUAGAGCGACUGUUGAAAGAAUAUAGACAAAACCAAGAAUUGGUUCGAAAAAUCGGAGGGAAUUUUUACCAAAUAAUCUAUCCAGUACAAUUAAGGCACCAUGAAAAAAUGGGUAUUUCAACACGUGAAGUAGGAGGAUCAAAGGGUGGAAAUAGUGGUUAUGGUUCAGGAAGAGGACGAACGAGGACGGGAAAGCACUUUCAUCGUACUUCUCUUUUAAUUAAAGCAUUUAAUCAUAAAUUCCGUCUAGAUCUUGAGUUAAACACGCAACUAUUAGCACCUAAUAUACAACAAAAGCAUAUUCUGCCAAGCGGAUAUCCUCAAGAUUCCCAUCGAGAAAUUGAACACUGCUACUAUCAUGGCACAGUUAAAGAUUAUCCUGGUGCAACUGCUGCAUUUCAUACGUGCAACGGAGUCAGUGGUGUCAUACACGUUGGAAAUGAAACAUUCGUUAUUCAUCCGUUUUAUGGUGGAGAUUUAUCGAAACACCCACAUGUUAUAUUUGAGGCUCGCACAAAACAAAACAAAGGAUGUGCUAAUUCUGGCAAUUUAGAAUGGCGCAUUCCUCGACGACAACAGCACUUUACUGGAUUUAUGGAUAAGCCUGAUAGAAAUGGUGCUGGACGAUUCAAACGUGAUGUUCGUGAUGCUACAAAAUAUAUUGAAACGGCUAUAAUUAUAGAUAAAGCAAUGUUUGAUAAGAGGAAUGGAAGUACGCGAGCUGAAGUUGUUCAUGAUGCAAUUCAAGUUGCCAACAUUGCAGAUCUUUACUUCCGUACGUUAAAUACUCGAGUGUCUGUGGUAUACAUUGAGACGUGGCAAGGUCAAAAUCAGGCACAAAUCGAUGGCAGUAAGGAUAUUAGUAAAGCUGUUAGUAAUUUUAAUGACUAUACAACCAGAAAGUUGCACUCUAUCGAUAAAGACACAACACAAUUGUUAACGGGUGAGAUGUUUGUAGGCGGAGAGGCUGGAAUGUCAGUACCCGAAACUGUAUGCACGCCAAAAGCUGUUGGAAUAAGUGUUGAUAUUAAUACAUAUGAGCCGCAUUUAUUAGCUGGUACGAUGGCACACAUGAUUGGUCAUAAUAUUGGCAUGGGUCAUGAUGACAACCGAGAUGAGUGUUACUGUAGAGACUGGCAUGGAUGUAUAAUGGCACAAUCAAUUAUUGGUUUAGAGAAUGUUCAACCAUACAAGUUUUCCGAAUGCAGUCGCUCAGAUUACAUUGAUGCACUCCGUAUUGGUCAUGGCUUGUGUUUAUUAAAUAAACCUAAUGAAGUUGGGCUCGGUUCACGACGAAAUUGUGGCAAUGGCCUUAUUGAAGAUGGCGAAGAGUGUGACUGUGGAUCAUUUGAUGACUGUAGCAAACGAGAUCCAUGUUGUGACCCAAUUACAUGUAAACUUGUGAAGGAAGCAGAAUGUGCAAGUGGUCCAUGUUGUGAAAAUUGUCAGCUUAAAACACCUGGAUCCAUAUGUCGUGAGGCGCAUAAUGAAUGUGAUUUACCUGAAAUGUGUACAGGAGAAUCAGGUCAAUGUCCACCAGAUGUAUAUAUGAAAAAUGGCAGUCCAUGUGGAGCAACUAAUAUUGAAAAAGCAUCAGGUUAUUGUUUUAAUGGCAUGUGUCCAACGUUGGGUGUACAAUGUGAAAAAAUUUGGGGCUAUGGAGGAGGAGCUGCUGAAAAGCAAUGUUAUGAACAAUUUAAUUCCAAGGGUUCAAUGAAUGGCCAUUGCGGUAUGGAUCAAACAGGUCGUUACAUUAAAUGUGAACCAGAAAAUGUUCAAUGUGGAUCUUUACAAUGUAAAGAUGGUGAUUCAACCCCAACAAUUGAGGGUAUGGAUCAACUGUAUUCUAGAACAAUAAUUUCAAUUAGAGGCAUCGAGUAUGAGUGCAAAUCCACAAGUGGAACUCUUAGUGAACUCCAUGAUUUUCCUGAGCAUGGCUUAGUACGUGAUGGAACUCCCUGUGGCGAAAAUCUUGUUUGUGUAAAUCAAACGUGUGUUAGUAUAUUUCCUUACAUAGAUACAUCAAAAUGUCCGGCAGGCCAUAACAAUUUAGAGUGUUCAGGAAAUGGCGCUUGUACAAAUACAAAUAAAUGCCACUGUGAAUUCGGUUGGACAGGAACAGAUUGUUCAGCAGCAUUAGCCGUAACUUCGACAAUUGCAUCAGCAACAGCACCAGUAACCGAAGGGAGCAUCAAGAUGGAAAGAAAAGAGACACCAUACGAAAAUUAUCAUGGUUCAAAUACAGGGUUCUUAGUUGCAGUUCUAGUUUCGGUUGUCAGCGGUGUUUUCAUAACAUUUGCUUUAGUCGCUUUGUGCUACAGGUCAGUUGUAGUACACAAAAACAUCGCCUUAUGCUUAAGACGAAAAACGACUAGAUUGAAAUAUGAUCCACCAUAUGCUAAAAAGCCGAUGGCAAAAUAUGUAGCAUCAAAUUCUAAUGCCAACCAUCACACAAUAGAGGAAAUGUCCUUAGAUCCAACCAAUAAAUACAAUAAUCAAAUGUUCAAUAAUCAAAAUCAAUUUGGAACUCAAAAGUUACAAAUUCGAAGGAUGACAGGUACGGGAGCAGAAGAAGAGCCAAUGCAUUCAGGAGCCAAUGCGGUAUCGGAUGUUGAACAUACACUAAAGACUUUAAAUGGAUACCAUGAAGAUAUAUUGGAAGCUUUAAAGAAUGCGGUACAGCAAAGAAGUUCAGGAAAUACACCAUCAGGAAGUAUUAGUGAAGAAAUAUUAAGGAAAACAUUACAGGAAUGUGCGGCAGGCACAUUAGGGUACGGUCGCGGUAGCUCAAGAAAUAGUUCUAGAGAAAAUAUUUGUGAAAAUAAUACACAAUUAAAUCCAAUUUUAAAUGACGGUGCUGGAGCAAUGUUAUUCCAUCAUCGGUCCCAGCAACAAUUACAUCAACCUCAACAAGCACCAGUAACAAAUCCACAGCAAUCUAUGCAACAACCGGGUCAGCAAUCAAUGAAUCCUGACGACGAGGUUGGUCCAUUAAGAAUACGUAACUUAGAAGAUUUAAUAAGACAAUUGGAGCAUCACUCAUCGCGUCAUAUGAGCCCGACUGCCUCCGAAGACAUUAACAAUAGUUAUGGUAUGUCCGAAACGGAGGCUGAUAGACAUUAUAGAUUAGAAAGUUCUGCUGCAUGCAGUGAAUCAUCUCAUGGUAGCCGUUGUCGACAGCGUUCAUCAGAUGACGAGAAUCGAUUUAUGAGCUAUGGACGUUAUCAGCAGCGCUCAAAUCGACAUCAACACCAUCAGCCUAAUUCACCACAUUCCUUUAAUCAUAUUCAUCAUAGUCAUGCACACCUCUCAUCGCAUGGUCAUUCAUCGCAUCAUUCGUCACAUACGCACUUACAUCAGGAUGAAGAAGGCAUUUACGAAAGUGCUGAUCCUCGGGAGCGUAAUGCUAUAGACUUAAGAGACGCUAAUGAUAGUGAGAGCUCAACAACAAUUAGCCCGAUGGGCUAGUGAAGAUGUCGUUUCCGUGGUGGUCAUGGAGUCAGAUUCGUCCGUAGUCGUUCCAUCGCCAGUAACCGUAACUCAAAACAUCAUCCCCCACCUUUCCACGCAAAUGCCUCAACCGACUCCUCUCAUUAUCAAUGGGUUAGGUGUAGGAGUUUCCCGGACCGACUAUUAUCCAUCACCGCCAUCGACGACGGAAACAGAAAGCAGCGGAAGUGUGAUGUUAACACAGAGACGAGGAAUCGACGUAAGCGGAGGACCACAGCAGGAGAAUACAGGACGAUAUCCAGAAUAUAAGCACUGAUAGUUACUCAACGAGUUAAAAUUUAAUUAACAGAAAAAAUGAAAAAAGAAAUAAUUACUUAAUUAAAACGAGUAAUAUCACUCACUCACUCUCUAAUUCUAUCUCCUUAUCUCAAAAACUUCAACAAUAUAACAGACUCAAAAGAAAAAAAGGGAAGUUUUUAUAUGCUUUUGUCUUUUUUGUUAAGGGGACCCGAGAACAAAGAAAUCAGUAUUAUAUACAUACACGCUCAAGAACAUUGAGGAUAAAUGAAGUUGCAAAUUGAUUGAUUUUCUUUUUUCCUCAAAAUUUGAUGAAAUAAUAAAAUUUUAUUGAUAAUAGCACACACAAGACAUGAAGAAAACAAUAUGGAACUCACACAUACAGAGUCAUGCAAAACAGAUGCAUCACAUGUGAAUCUAAUUUGAAAUGAUUUUAAUUAUUAACAUGGAUGACAAAUACUUUCUUCAGAAAUUAAGCCCCUCUUUCCCCAAGCAGAAACAUGCAAACACACAAACACAGAAUGUAAUUUAGGAGAAAAAAGUUUAAAAAAUAAUUGUAACGGAAAUUUUGAAUUUAAAAUUUUUAUGCGCGCAUUAUACAAGAGUUUAUGAGCAUUAUACAUGAAUCGGUGCGCAUUGUACGGGUGUUUUUAAAAAUUUAACUGAAUCUGGUGCGCACUAUGCACAUGUCAAAUAAAUGCAUUUAAAUAGUGCGCGUACAAUUUGUUAUUUGUAUAAUACGCAAUAAAUUGACAGGAUCUAAAAUAUUUUUAAAUCCAAAAUUUCCGUUGCAAAAUGUGAUUAGUUUUUAAUACCAGAAGCUACUUAAUAAUAGUGAAUGAUAGAUAAUAUUAAUAACAAUACACUUUGUUAAAUUUAAGGAUUAAUUUUAUUUCAUCCCCAAUUUCCCCAUCUUCCAAAAAUAUGAUGAUUUUGUACUUACAAACAAAAAAUGUACUUUCUGUCUGAUUGACGUCGUUAAAUAAUUUAAUUAAUUAAAUUAAGAUCGAAAUAAACAAAGAAUGAAUGAACCUUGUGUAUAAAAGAAAUCCAAUGAAAAUUCUAAAUCUUUAGCAUCAGUAAACAAAAAAUAUGAAAUGCACUAACCCAAACGUAAUGAUGAAAAAAAAAAUAGGAAAUAGUAUUAAAUUAAGCUCGUGAAAAUAUGUAAUCAUAAAAGAAAUCCACGGUUUUCAUUUGAUUUUUACAACUGAACGGUAACGUGCCAAGAUAAAAAGUACUCAAUAGGAAGCACACAGACACGUUAAUCAUAUGUGCUUGUCGAAAUAAAUAAAAAAAUGCUCACAACAGAUUUUUCUUUAAGAAAAAAUAAUUGUUUUAUUUCACUGAAAUGAAAGAAGGAAUAAAGAGAAAUGAUGAUUUUUGACAUAAGUUACUGAAAGUAUUAAUUUCUUUUAAUCUAGUCAUACAUAUUGAUACGUGCGAUAUCAAUUUUUAUGCAAUUGUGUGAAAACUGCAUGAGUUGAAUUUAAAUUAAUUGAAUUUUCAAUCUGUAAUUUUUAUAGUAUUAAAUUAACAAGCAACACGUAUACAGUAUAUCCGACAAAUGAAAAUCUUUUGUACCUUUAUUCUGUGUGAGUUGAAUUAAAUUUUUUAAAAAUAUGCGAGAGGUUUAUUGAGUUAAAAUGGAUCAAUUGAUUUGAUAAGUAGAUUUACGAGCAGACAAAUUGAAUCAGGAUUAAAUCAAAUUUUUUUGAAAUUGUUUAUAUCCUGCGGGUUCAAUUUCAAAUGUGUGAAAACAGUCAAAAAUUAAAGUUUAAAAAACAACUGUCAAAAAUAAUUUGAAAAAAAAAUUGAUAGUAAUUUGAAUUAUUCAAACAAUUUGAACCGGG